GCCACUGGGCGCGGCUGGACACUCCCGCACUAACUGUUACUGCUGUGACGUCAGCAAGCCGUAAGUGAACGAAGGAACUAACGGAGGAGAGAUCGAGCCCUUACCGGAUCUACCGGGAGGCAGCAGAGCUACAGAGCGAGUCCCCGCAGCGCGCCCCGGAGGAGCCCAACGGAGGAAACGGUCCGCUGUGCGCCAGCCGCAGGAAGAAGCACCAAGCGAUGCGAGCGCAGCCCACCGCCGCCCAGUAACCAGCCGAACCAGCACCGAGGAGACCCGAAGGGACGGAGGUUUCCACAGUCAGGAGAACGCCACGAAAACGGACACGAAGCCAGCUGCGGUGGCUCCAUCGUGCUCGCUUUCUUUCUUUUGGAUCACACCGACAGGAUCGCCGAUUUAAUGCGCUAACGGAGCGUCUGUGCCCGGCUUGAGAGAGAGGGAUCUGCCCAGAGAGAACCAGGGGAUCGAAGGCAGAGCUCAGAAAAGGUGGAAAUAUUCACAAUUCAAGGAUCUGCAGUCAGAUUUGAUUUUUUUCCCCCUCCUCUCUGAUAUAAACCCGCUGGUCUGGUGCGUUUUCGUUGCGUGGAUCCUGGUACCGGUAACGCCAUCAAGCUGUGUUCUCUAACCAUGGGAUGUACCCUGAGCGCAGAGGAGAGGGCGGCUCUGGACCGGAGCAAAGCCAUCGAGAAGAACCUGAAGGAGGACGGGCUGACUGCGGCCAAAGAUGUCAAACUGCUGCUGCUCGGGGCUGGAGAGUCAGGGAAAAGCACCAUCGUCAAACAAAUGAAGAUCAUCCAUGAGGACGGGUUUUCUGGUGAUGACGUAAAGCAGUACAAGCCUGUUGUUUAUAGCAACACCAUCCAAUCUCUGGCUGCCAUCGUCCGCGCCAUGGAUACGCUGGGCCUGGAGUACGGAGACAAAGAGCGCAAGGCGGAUGCUAAGAUGGUGUGUGACGUCGUCAGUCGUAUGGAAGACACAGAGCCGUACUCCGCUGAGCUGCUGGCCGCCAUGAUGCGCCUGUGGGCCGACUCGGGCAUCCAGGAGUGCUUCAGCCGCGCCCGGGAGUACCAGCUCAACGACUCAGCGCAGUACUACCUCGACAGCCUAGAUCGGAUCGGUGCGCCCGACUACCAGCCCACAGAGCAGGACAUCCUCCGGACCCGAGUGAAGACCACAGGCAUCGUCGAGACGCACUUCACCUUCAAAAACCUUCACUUCAGGCUGUUUGAUGUGGGAGGUCAGCGGUCGGAGAGGAAGAAAUGGAUCCACUGUUUUGAAGAUGUGACGGCCAUCAUUUUCUGCGUGGCUCUGAGUGGAUACGACCAGGUUCUGCAUGAGGACGAAACCACGAACCGCAUGCACGAGUCGCUGAAACUCUUCGACUCUAUCUGUAACAACAAGUGGUUUAACGACACUUCCAUCAUCCUCUUCCUUAACAAGAAGGACCUGUUCGAAAACAAGAUCAUCAAGUCUCCGCUGACCAUCUGCUUCCCAGAAUACACCGGUCCAGAUAAUUACGAAGACGGGAUUGCCUACAUCAAGUCUCAUUACGAAGGCAAGAACAAGUCGCCCACUAAGGAGGUGUACUCUCACGUGACCUGCGCCACGGACACCAACAACAUCCAGUUCGUCUUUGAUUCUGUCACAGACGUCAUCAUAGGCACCAACCUGCGGGGCUGCGGCUUGUACUGACCGGAUGCUUUUACCUCUGUGGUACCUUGUUAUGUCAUGUGUGUGGGGCCAAUUUGAUUGGCCAUCCUGUGAGAGUUGGUCAAAUGAUGUCCUCCUUUAUUACAGAGCAGACUGGUCCAGCUUGAUUUAACUCCUGCUUGUUUAGUCCUGGACCACCCCCACUGCGAACCCUUGUUUUUCUGACCUUACCUGUCCCCAGUUCCCUGUCCUAGCGCCUCUGUCUCAGGCCUUUAUACCAAACAAUGGUGUCUUGGUUCAUUCUGUAAAGAGGCAAUUGUAAGAAAACCUUAACAAGUUUGUUAGAAAAGCCAUUAAUGCAUACAUAGUGUUGUUAGAAAUUUUGAUUGCUUAAUGCUUCAUUCUAUUUGGCCUAAUAUCAUAAGAUUCCUCAUCAACCUUGUUCAGAAUCCAACAUGGCCGCUGCAUGUGUAUUCUUAGCUCCUAUAAUUACCUGAUUUUUGCAUUUCAUUGAAUCAGUCGCACACACAGUGCUCCUCUGUCUUUGUUACGGUGACUGAACACAAUAGCAAACCAGAAAAUUGGGUUGUUUUGCUACCACUGUUAGCUAGUCUCUGAAGACAAACAUAAGCUAAUGUCUGUGGUUAUAACUGAACACUCCUACGUUAGCUUUGUCUUUAUAUUUAUGAAUUUUUUUUGUGGAAUGACUCCAAAUUAUUCAAAAGAAAAUGUCACUUGAGAAGCUAAAAUAGCUAAACGUAAUGCUCAUUGACAUGGUAAUGCCUGGCGUUUGCAAAGCAGCCAAUCUCAUUUUUCCUUGACAAAGAUUAGCUGUAACUCCUGAGAGCGGAAAUGAGGAAAACGGUUGAUAUUCUGCGGUAUUGUUAAGCAGGUUUACACUGUCUGUAUUAAUAUAUAUUAAGGUAUAUUUGGUGUUUGAAUGAAUAAAGUAGAGAGUUAUAAGCAUUUUAGGGGAUGUUUUAGCUGUUCAUUUGUGGUUGUGGUCCACGUCUCCUAUGAAUAGCAGGGAUGUCACACUUUUCUUUAUUCUGUUUUCUGCAUGGCGACAAGUAAUGUAUUGUUUGGACAUGGAGUAUUUUUUACCGUUUCUAAUAUUGAAAACCAUUUUAGGCUAGUUUUUCCUCUGGCUUCUGAUAUGAGACAUAAGACCUGGCAAGAGAUCUGAGAAUCAACCAUAUUUUAAAGAACGUCACUAUCAAAAAUCUCACCAUGUUAACCGAAAGUAAAUACUUACAACUCUAACGUUUCUUAUUACAUAAUUAUCAAUUGUGUGUUUUUGUUUUUUAUUUGUUGACAAUAAGGAUGUAAGUGGAGGAAAACAGGAUCUGAGCUGGGAGGAGGUUGCAUCAUUGCCUCAUGUUGUAGUGUGCAUGACUCCAUUAUGAAACCACUUAAAACAAAUGGGCUAGAAAAGCUGACUCAGCCCGGCAGCUACAGAUAGUGGCUGGAUGGAUGCAUCGAUUUCACCCCACCCUGAGACUUCAGCCAUUUUCUGAGGUUGCUCUCUGUAACAUUCCUACUGUCCGCCGUAAAAACCCAGAGCUGAGCUUUGGAAGACUGAAACCUGGAGAGAGUAGAUGGCUGGGAUUUGGGUUCAGUUUGAAGAUUUUUAUGUGUUAUGGAAGGUAGGAGUGGGCGUUUAUCAUCUAGUUUAUCAUUUAUCGUGAUAAAAUUCCAAUUGCUGUCUAUUCCUUGUGUUUCCGUCAACCAUUCAAGAUGCUAAAAUAUAAUUUCUUUAAUGAAAACACCACUUCUGCAAAAACUCAACUUUCAAGAUUGAUUUGGCGCUAUGAUGAGGUGGAGGUUUUUUUGGUAGUAUCAAAAUUGUUUGGGGUUUUUUUUUUUCAGAACUGUAAUGGAAAGAUUUUUUUAUGCAUCACGACUCACAUGAUCAACAAUCAGAUGUUGCCACUGGCACAAACCACGAAGAAGAAGAUGACAGGAAGUAGUUGGAGGAUAAUAGGGCGGCCAUGUUUUUUUAAUAACUUAUCUCGUGACAAACCUAUUCACAUGUGAUUUUAAUUGUUUCUUUUUUAACGGAAACACUGCAGUAGCGAAAUUCAGGUUUUUUUGACGUUAGUGAAAUAUCAACAGUUUUUUGGACAUUUGUAAUGGAAACAUAGCUACUGUCAAAAUUGCUCUUUUUACUAUUUUCUCGACUAUUCGAUAAGAUUUUCAAUAAAUAUCCAUGUUUGAAAAUAUGAUUAAAUGCCGUUACCAAUUAGAGAAGUUCUUAUCAUCACUUUUAUCAUUAUCACAAUAGUGCCACAGAAUGUUGUGUUAAAACAUUAAGUCCAUAUUGCCCAUCCGUCUUGAAAGGUUGCAAGUGUUUGAUGUGAGUGGAUUUACUGCUGUGAUUCGUGCUUCAUCACUCCCAUCCUCUGCCUCACUUUUAAACAGGUAGAUGACAUCAUCAGCUCAUCUUUCCACGUCUGCGCCAAAUUUCCUAAUUAGCAACGAAGCGCUCCCCGAGGCUGUUGAUCGGCCUGCUGUGCAUGAUUCUGCUUGUGGAUUUUCUGUGUCUGUGUGUUUUUGCAGAUUGUGUACAGUUAAUGGUGUGUGUGUGUGUGUCAUCUAACAGAACAGGAAAGGUCAGCUCACAAGCGUGUGUGUACGUGUUGUGUUGGGAGAUGGCAUCAGCUCAGGGGUGCAGUGAUGGAGUCUGUAUCUGUGGAUUAAUUACCCGCAAGGCACCUGUCUACCCUUUACGCUAACACAAACACACACAGCAGCACAGGCCAGUGUACACACAUGCACAGAGCGCACAGAACGGCCCUUGGGUUUUUAAAAUGUCGCCACACCUUCCUUUGCCAAAUGUUCCCAUCUUUCGUUGCUAGAAGCAUCAGACAGACUCUGGUUGAUUUGGCAAACAGACAAUCUGCUGUUUGUGCGUAAGAAUAAUGAUGCACUGUUUCCUGAAAAUCUGUUGGUAGAAUAGAUAGUACAAAAAUAAUUGUAUUCUUGAUUUUUUUUUAUUAUUAUUAUUAUUUUUGUUUAUUCUGUGUAGUAAAAUUAUUUAGUAAUAAAGUUUUCUUUACUUUUUAUGGAAAGUACUUUCCAUCUAAAUCCACAGGGGAAGUUGCAUAUUUGUUUUUUUUAUGGAAAUGAAAUUUUUGGGUCUCCAGAUCCAAAGAAUGCACCUUACUGGCAACAUUUUUCAUCAAACAUUGAUUUUGUUCAAUUUUGCCUUACAAUUUUUGCUGUUGUUUAAGCUCACUGAAUUAAGCCAGAAAAGGCUUCAAAAUAGGAUAAUAGUAAAUGAGCGCAGUUUAUUAGUUUUGCUGGUUUUUUGUUUCUAGUGCCUAACAUAAAGAUCUGUCACCAGUUGGAGGAAGACAUCCUGCUGAAUUUUCCAUUUAUGUGACAUUUUAUAUCAGUUCACAAUGAUAAAAUAAGCCUUUUCUUUUUUUUAUUUGCCUGGCACCAGAAAGUGAUGACAUAAUGUUUGAGCUCCAUCUCCUUGAAUCUGGCAGCACUGAAUGACAUGGAGGAGUUUUUUCAGCUGUUCUUGAUCAGUAUUAUUAAUUUACCCCCAAUUUGUUCACAGCAUAAACAUAAUUCAAACCUAAAUGAUCUAAUAUGUGUUUUGUACAUCUAAAUCAAUUAGUGUGAGAGUUUGUGAGUUGCAGCUUUACGCAUUUUGGAUAUUUUUGGUUAAAGUUAAUUGUUUUCCAGAACUGAAAUGACUUUGCACAUGUCUUAGUCUCUGGUUUAUUGGAAACAAUACGAAGUGACAUGUGGUAAAGUCGUUUUGGUUCACCUGAUGUUGUACAUGCACCCCUCAGCAUGGCUCUCAUUGAUUCCAAAAGCUUAAAGGUUUUUAAAAGCUUUUGAUGAAUGGUUUUAAAAUCAGGAUGCGCAGAAGUAUUCUGCAGGAAUCUUCUCAGGGUCAAAGACUGGUGACUGUGGACAAGGUCACCAGUCUCUCACAGGAAACCAAACAUUGAACUUGUUAAAAAAAAUCCUAUAUUCACCUUACUUUUUUAUUAUUAUUAUAUCCUAUAUUUGCAUUGCAUCACUUUUAUGCUGCACUCCAGUUGCUAGUUCUCAAAUCUGGAAAUAAUGUAACAAUCAAAUUAAACUUGUUUGAGAAAUUUCAAAAUGUUGUUGACUAACUUACUUAAGUAUUACUAUGAGUAACAAAUUUUAUGAGCACAAUGUUUGUACGAAUGAUUUAUUAAGAUUCAAACGUUUAUCAGGUCAAGUAACCAGUUUAUAACGGCAUCAGGUACUUGGUUUUAUACACAUUGCAGCUAUGCAGCUAUGUUGUAAUUUGAAAGGAGGGUUGGUGAGAAAUAUUUGAGCUUCAGAACCAGAAAUGCUCCUUCUGAUAGUCAUUUCACUUUAUCAUCAUGGUUAUGUUUUUAAGCUAAAGUUGCUGUCUCACUGUUUCCUGUCUUGCGAUAUCGGUUGGCGUCCUUCCUGGGUCUAAACAUGAGGAAACGAAGCAGAAUUAUGUGUGACUUUUGAUGGAGUGUUUCCACUGGGAUCAGUGGAAUUCACGUCGUUCUCCCUCGUCAGGACCGGGUACUUUACUUUUCUAUGAUGUUUUCUUUCUUCUUUGGUUCCUUUUUAAAAUAAAAAAGAAAGUCAACUGACUAUCUGAUAACUAAAUUUUAGUGCCAUAUUUAAGUGAAGACAUAAUUAUUAGUCAAAUAAAUAAAAAGUAGAUAAAGUCUCAAGUUUCACUUUUAGCUUCAAGCAUCAGGCAUGCCAAGGUGAGUGAAGCAACUGGGCUGUUUGCUGGGAAAUUACUAACUUUUUUUCUGAGUCAUUGUUGCUGUGUUGCUGAGUCACAGUGUUGUUGAUUCUGUAGCAACAGCCCAGAUGUAUGCAUACACAGAGUUUAUGAGCUUCAUUUUUCUGGCUUGGCUGAAAAUCCUCUGGCUGCCUGGCUGAGCUGUUCAGAUUAUGUGUAGGAAAGCAUAGAGCGUUAAUCUCACAGUGGUAGUUUACUGUGGUUUUAUGGCGUUAGUCAGAUAAAACCCACAUAUGAAAUAGUAAAGGGGCUAAAAAUGCUACUGUUUUCUGCAGAAUACAUCAUUGUGGAUUGUAAAACUUGGUUACCAGAUUUCAUGAGGGUGUUCAGGAAAAUGCUUCUGCUUGUAAUUAAGAGCUAGUUAAUUUAGUUAAAUGGGAGUAGAUCUGCAAACAGUCUGUACCUGUCAGGAUUCUCAAAAGUUCUGAUAUUUUCAUUGUUAGUUUUAUCUCUUCAACCAAGUUCAGUAAAUAUUAUAACUAUCUUUAAUUGGGAAAAAAGCCUUUCCAUUGUUUUAAUUUUUUUAAAAAAAGUUAAAACAAUGGAUGCCUUUUUACUGUCUUUAUCAAUAACAGCUAAAGCAGUUUAAGAUUUACAAAAGCCCACAUUACAUGAGGAAAAAGAGCAAAACAUCCCAAAGUUUCCAAUUAAAAAUGUAUUAGUGGAAGCCUUUAGGGAGUUCUCUUCUUACAGUUUAUUUAGGCAGUUUUUUUUUAAA